AUGGCACUAGGAUUUAUUGACGAUGUUGCGACGGUGGCGGUCGGGAACGACCUGAAGGCAACUACGGGUGCCCUCAGGAAGUACAUGGAGAGGCGAGGUGGCGCGAAGGAGUGGUCGCGCACACGGAACUCACGCUUCGAGAUCUCGAAGCUCAACUUGAUUAAUGCAGACCCCUCACUGAGUCGAGACGACCUAGGGCCAUCUCUUGUACUCACAGACGGAGUUGUCCACCCCUCCAAGGAAGCGAAGUUUCUUGGUGUGUGGGUGGACCGCAAACUCGGGUUCAAACGUCAUGCCGAGUACAUCAGGAAAAUCUCCCCCUCGGAAUUAGCAUCAACACUGCAACAUUCACAGUAUUACUGCAAAUACUUGUGA